AUGAGACCCGACCCACAUAAACAGGCCGCCUCGAGAAAAUACCACAACAAGGUCAAGUCUCGGGGAGGUAGCGCUGCAGGAACCACAGGAGUAGGAGAAUCGACCUCAACCCCUGCCUCAAGAGGCGGAAGAGGAGGUGGACAAGGGGCAGGCGCUGGAUCCAAUCGUGGCUCGCGUGGAGGCGGACGUGGUGGACGUGGAGGAUAUCGUGGCAGGAGCAAUGAUGACGAGGAUGAAGGCGAAGGCGAGCCAGACGAGGAUGGUGAAUACGGUUCGUCCCCUAGAAAGAAUUACGCCAGGCGCAAGAUUACAAGCAAUGCAGAUCGGUACGCCGAACGCGAUGUAGAAGUGAACGAGGAGGAGGAACUGGAACAAGGCAUAGACAGGCAAACUAUAGCAUUUCGUGAAAUGCUCAAGGACUCAGACCAGAAGAAAACAUUUGAUCCAGCGGCAUAUUUCCGCUUCAAGUCUGAGAAGGCAGUCGAGACACAGGAUGCAUUGGAGGAUUCGCAACAGGCGCGCAAGCUGUUGGAAGUCCGCCUGAAUGACAUUGAGGCUGCAUUGAUGACGCUCUCAAUCAAGGAUCGUCUUUGCCUCCGAAACUCAGAUGUGAAAGCACUCGAUCGGGAUAUUGUGGGAAAGGUCUCGCUGACAACAGGAAAACCGAUCGUCCCCAAGCUGGUCCGAGGUCAAGUUGCCGCGGAUACCUUGAUCAAACCUUCUGCUAGUGCUGGUGCCGCCUCUACAACCACAAUGUCAGCCCAAUACAGCAAAGCAGUGUCAGGGUCAUCAGAUGCCAGCAAGCAAGAUUCAAUAGACGACGAUCUGGAUGAACUCCUCGACAUUACGAAAUCAUACGGUCGUGCCCGUCCUGCACCAACACCAUCAUCUGAUGCAGUGACCUUGUCUGCAAUGGUCAAGCCUACCACUCCUACCGCUGCUAAUGCAUCUAGAACAAAGUUUUCAUUGCAACCACUUUCAAAGGGUGGUGCCAAGGCGACGACCAACGAUAAGACCAGCCCACCUGCACGUAAGGUUCUCCCGCCACUCAAGAAAGGAGCCCCAUCAUCGGGUCCGGCCGAGAAGAAGGACGAGGCUUGGCUUGACUCUGUGCUUGGGAUUUAG